AUGGCGAAGAAGGGAGGACUCAAGGCGACUCUUGCGCGAUCGCUGCAGGUUGAAAAGGCACAAAAGGUCGAGGCCGAAAAGGCCAAGCGACGGAAGGAAUUUGAGGAGGGAAAACGAAAGUCUCAGACUCAGGGAGCAUCCAAGAGCCAAAAGCAGGCCAAUAAGCGACAGAAGCUCGAGCACCAAAGGCUGUAUGAGAAGUCUGACGAAUCUGCUCCUUUGACCGAAGAGCAGAUUCGAAUUCGUCGAGAACGAACCAUUCCCUGGAACAAGGAUGACAAGAUUCUGUUGUUAGGAGAGGGAGAUUUCUCUUUUGCGCUCUGCUGCAAGAAGGAAAAGCUGGCGACCAACAUUGUGGCGACGGCUUUCGACUCGGAGGAGGAGGUGAAACGAAAGUAUGAGAAUGGUGCUGAGAAUCUGAAGGAACUGGAGACUGAAGACAAGUCCGAAGACAAUGGGGAAGGAGAGGAGAACGACGAGGAGGGCUUUGAGGAGGAACUUGAGUCUGAGGACGAGCUGAAUGAAGCCGUAGAGACCAGCUCUCAUUUUGACAUUGAUGCUACGAAGCUGUCCAACUACAAGAUGUUUAAGAACAUGUCCAACGGUAACAAGUUUGAUGCUAUCGUGUUCAACUUUCCCCAUACCGGAGACGGUAUCAAGGACCAGGAUCGAAACGUUCUGCGAAACCAACAGAUGCUGCAUGCCUUCUUCAAGUGCGCUAUUCCUCUUCUGAAAAACGGAGUGGAGGUGUACGAGAAAUAUCAGAAGUACAAGGCCAAACAUGACGGCAACCCUCCAAAGCCAGGAACUUCACAUUACAAGGCGCCUGCCAAGCCUUCCAAAGCUGCUAAGAAUGCGAUGGCUGGAUAUAGUAUUUACGGGCGAGCACCUCUCAGAACAGGAAAGGUCAUUGUGACUUUGUUUGACGGUGCACCAUACAACCUUUGGGCAGUCAAAUCUUUGGCCAAGGAUGCCGGUUUCAAGUCGGUCUACACUGGGCCUUUCGACUGGGAGGUAUUCCCCAACUACCACCAUCGACGAACUAGAGGAAUGGGAGAUACCACCAAGAAGGCAGAGACUCGAAAGGCCAAGUUCUUUGUCUUUGAGGUUGAGGAUGGUCGAGGUAUUAUUACUAAGAAGAUCGAGAAUGAUGAUGGUUCCGACAGUGAGUAG